CACAGUAAAGCAAUUUUUAGACAACAUUUUUCCAAUUAUAACUUAUUAAAAUGUGCAUAAAUCUUAUGCUAAACAAAAAAAGCGUGAAAUAAAAGCAACUGUAUUCAAUAUAGAAACUUUUGGCAAGACAUUUGAUAGGGCGACAAAUCAUCGUGUGUGCUGGAGCGAUGGAGGAGAAUAUGUGGAUAAUAGAGCUGGAAUCGGCGCUGCUGGAUGAUUGCAAUGUGAAUGAUAUAUAUACAAUUUGCCAGGGCAAGCCGCUGCCCGAGGCACUGCGUCCAGACGUGUGGCAAGUGUGCUUGGAUGUGCGGCAUAAGAGCGAUCAGAUGUCGCUAUUUAAUGAGAUUUACGAUCUGCCAUUUCAAAGUCAACUGCGUGAGGAUUGCAAACGUUAUGUGGAGCGCAUGGGGAACGAUGAGGAGGAUCAAGUGUCGGUUGUCUCUGAUCUGGAAUCCAUUAUGACAUUCUACUGCAAGAAUCGCAAUUUGCAGUACGAGCCGGAUAAUGGUUGGAUCGAGUUGUUGCUGCCACUGUUCGCCUUGAAGCUCAAUCGCUCGGAUACAUUUAAUCUGUUUGAGAGCAUAAGGGAUACAUAUAUACCCAAGGGUUGCAAGCCCAAGGGCAAUGUCUUCCAUGUAUUUCGCUUGCUGCUGCUCUAUCACGAUCCAGAGCUCUGCACGCUGCUGGAUACAAAGAAGAUAACACCGGAUUUGUACUCGCUGACGUGGUUCCAAUCCUUGUUUGCCUCCUGCAGCAGUUUGUCUGUGAUUAUAGCCAUGUGGGAUUUGUAUUUCCAGAAUGCAGAUCCCUUUAUGGUGUUCUUUUUGGCAUUGAUUAUACUGAUAAAUGGACGCGAACAGAUAAUGAGCAUGAAGAAUAGCAGCAAGGAGGACAUAAUAAAGUUUCUAAGCAAUAUGCCGUGCGCCUUGGAGGUGGAUGAUGUGCCAGAUUUCUGUUCACUGUCGCAGUACUAUGCAUUGAAAACUCCCACCAGCUUCAAGACGGACUAUCUAAAGGCACUGUACGGCAAACAAAACGACUCGCCACGUAGUCAGGAGGAAUCCAACAAAGUUUCACAGGCGCUUUGUCUACCUGUUUCCGUUUAUGAGCUUGUGGAGAACUCUGCCAUGGAACUGCCUGUCGAUGCAGUGCGUUUCUUUCUGGUCGACUGUCGUCCAGCGGAGCAGUACAAUGCUGGCCAUCUGUCCACAGCUUUUCAUUUGGAUUGCAAUCUUAUGCUGCAGGAACCAGUAGCCUUUGCCACUGCCGUCCAGGGCUUGCUCACUGCCCAGAAGCAGGCCAUUGAAGUCAACUCGAAUGCGGGUGGCGAGCAUUUGUGCUUCAUGGGCAGCGGACGCGUCGAAGAGGAUCAGUAUACACAUAUGGUUGUUGCUUCAUUUCUGCAAAAGAACACACACUAUGUAUCCUUGCUAACGGGCGGCUAUGCCUCCAUACAUGAUUACUUUGGUGAUCACAUGGCCGACUGUCUGGAGGAUCAUAGCGCUGGCAAGUGUUUGGUUUGCCAGCAGCAUAAUAUAAAACAGUCCAAAGCAAGCGCGGCUCAGCGAUCGGCAGCAACGACGCCCAGCUCAACGGAUCUGUUUAGCAAGUUCUCUGCUGCCAUGAAAUCCAAAUCUGCCGAAGUCAAAGGCAAACUGCUGGAUAUAAUAGUCAAUCCAAGCUCAAAUAAUGCUGCUCCAAGUGGCGCCAUGGCGCCCAAUGGCUCACAGUGUUUGGCCAAUCAGGAGCGUCAUGUUAGCGCCAAGGAGCGCAAUGGCAAACGCUAUCGCAAUGUGGCGCCUGUGUUUAGCAUCGAUGAUGAAAACGAGGACAACUUUGAUGGCGCUGCGCAAGAUGCGCCCACAGCUGCUGUCGGCGGCGCGUCCAACGAGAUUGUUAAUCUCACUCAAUAUUUCAAAACUGCGGAGAUUAUCAAAGCGUUCAAGUGCCAGGAGGUGCACAUCAAUGGCUAUAUGUAUGAUAGUCAUUUGAUUAUAACGCCCACACAUUUGGUUGUAUUACGCGAACUGGGACGUGGCCAGGCGCAGAUAAUGGUGCGACGUCCCUUGGCUAGCAUUGUCAAAAUAACUGCCAAGAAGCGUCAUCGUGAUCUAAUUACAUUUAAAUAUGGUUUUCCCGAUGGCGAUGGCCUGCUCAUAACCGAUAUGGAUCGCUUUCUUAUACCAAAUGCUACCGAGGCAACGGCGCAGGUGUCCAAACACAUAAUGAAGGUGCUCGACAGUGCCAAGUAGUCACACACACACACACACACACACACAUAGAGAGUGCAAUCUGUUUGUAGUUUUAAACAUAAUAAAUUGGCAAGUGUUUUCCUUACUAGCAACUAGCUCGCAAAUUGUAGACAUAAUUGUUUAAAGUUAUAAUCCCUAACCCUCUCCCUAAUCCUGCCCAACAAUUGUAACAUAGCAUGCACACAGCUCUGAAAACUGCACAACACCUACAAAAUUUCAAAUUUGUGCUAUAAGCUAAAUUCCAAGUGUAAAAAACAUACAAAAUGACAGCAAUUUUAAUAACUUAGCAGCCUGGAGACUUAACACAAGAUGUAAAAAAACAAAACUGUAACUAAUAUUUAUUGCAAAUGCAUCUACGAUAUAUAUAA